GCAAUGCAUUAACUUAGGAAACGUAGUCCAUUGUGUCUUAGUACGUGGCCAUCUCUCCAAAAAUCUUGCAUAGCCUUCUCUUUCUCUGUUUUAUACUAUCAUCUUUAUUAUCCAAUCAUUUUUAAAAACUAGACUAGAGUUAUUGUACUAAGUAUUAAAGAUAACAUAUAAAGUACUAAUAAUCAUGUGCGGGAUCUUGGCUGUUUUGGGUUGUUCUGAUGAUUCUCAGGCCAAAAGGGUUCGUGUUCUCGAGCUCUCUCGCAGGUUGAAGCAUCGUGGACCAGAUUGGAGUGGGCUGUAUCAACAUGGGGACUGUUACUUGGCACAUCAGCGUCUAGCUAUUGUUGAUCCUGCUUCCGGUGAUCAACCUCUGUUUAACGAAGAUAAGACGAUUGUUGUUACGGUAAAUGGAGAGAUCUACAAUCACGAGCAACUUCGCAAGCAAAUGCCUGAUCAUAAGUUCCGGACUGGAAGUGACUGUGAUGUCAUUGCACACCUAUAUGAAGAACAUGGAGAAGAUUUUGUGGACAUGCUGGAUGGGAUCUUCGCUUUUGUGUUACUGGAUACUCGAGAUAACAGCUUUCUUGUUGCUCGUGAUGCCAUUGGAAUUACUUCCCUUUAUAUUGGUUGGGGACUUGAUGGGUCUGUAUGGAUAUCAUCUGAGCUUAAGGGCUUGAAUGAUGACUGCGAACAUUUUGAAGUUUUCCCACCAGGACACUUGUACUCUAGCAAGAAUGGCGGCUUUAGGAGGUGGUACAAUCCUCUUUGGUUCUCUGAGGCUAUUCCUUCCACUCCUUAUGAUCCCUUAGUUCUCAGGCGCGCCUUUGAAAAUGCUGUUAUCAAAAGGUUGAUGACUGAUGUCCCCUUUGGUGUUCUGCUCUCCGGGGGACUCGAUUCAUCCUUGGUUGCUUCGAUUACUGCCCGCUACUUGGCUGGCACAAAGGCUGCCAAGCAGUGGGGAGCACAGCUUCAUUCCUUCUGUGUUGGCCUUGAGGGAUCACCGGAUCUCAAGGCUGCAAGAGAAGUUGCUGACUACUUGGGAACCGUUCACCACGAGUUUCACUUCACCGUUCAGGAUGGAAUUGAUGCAAUUGAAGAUGUUAUUUACCAUAUUGAGACAUACGAUGUAACGACAAUCAGAGCAAGCACUCCUAUGUUCCUUAUGUCGCGUAAGAUUAAGUCACUAGGAGUGAAGAUGGUUAUAUCUGGGGAAGGCUCUGAUGAAGUGUUUGGUGGCUACUUGUACUUUCACAAGGCUCCCAACAAAGAAGAGUUCCACAAGGAAACAUGUCGCAAGAUUAAAGCACUUCACCAAUAUGACUGUUUAAGAGCAAAUAAGUCAACAUCUGCAUGGGGCUUAGAAGCUAGAGUGCCUUUCCUAGAUAAGGAGUUCAUCAAUGUUGCCAUGAGUAUUGAUCCAGAGUGGAAGUUGAUUAAACCAGAGCAAAGGAGGAUUGAGAAGUGGGCUCUAAGGAGGGCCUUUGAUGAUGAGGAGCAUCCCUAUCUCCCAAAGCACAUCCUAUACAGGCAGAAAGAACAAUUCAGUGAUGGCGUAGGCUAUAGUUGGAUAGAUGGACUCAAAGCACAUGCUGAACAACAUGUGACCAAUAGGAUGAUGCUUAAUGCUUCACAUAUAUUCCCUCAUAACACACCGAUUACAAAGGAAGCAUACUAUUAUAGGAUGAUUUUCGAGCGCUUUUUCCCACAGAAUUCAGCUGGGCUAACCGUUCCUGGAGGAGCGAGUGUGGCGUGUAGCACAGCUAAAGCUGUAGAGUGGGAUGCUUCUUGGUCAAAGAACCUUGAUCCUUCAGGAAGGGCUGCUAUUGGUGUACAUAACUCAGCUUAUGAGAAUCAUGAACCUGCUAUGGCUAAUGGGAAUUUGGCCACAAAAAUCAUUGGCCGUGCGCCGUCUAUGGUAGAAGUUGGUGCUGCUCAUGAGCUCACAAUAAGGAGUUAGCAGCAGUCUGUUAUCCAUGACUUCUUGCUCAUAUUUAAUAUUAUUAUUAUUAUUACAAUUAUUAUAAGUUUUAGUCUAUUGUCAUUGUUAAGGGAAGAGGCAGCAUGUCUUUUAGCUGUUCUGCUGCAUUAAAAAGCAUCAGGUCAUGUUUGUUUAUAUAUAGAAUAAAGACCAGAUUGGGGUGGUUUUAAGCUGAGCAGUAUUAAUACUAUUGUUCUAUUAGCAGGUCUUAGGAGUUUUUCAGUUGCCCCCGUUAUUGUAAUUUUAGUCAUUUCCAUUUCUCUAGGCCUUUUUCUCCCUCUGCCCCGUUACAUAAGGUGCAGUAGAAAAUCAGAAAAUCAACCUGGACUAUGUACCUAGCUGAUCGCCAUUUUCAAUUUGGUUCA